GAGAGCUUUAAAAUUUCCCUCGAGAAAGGCGAGGCUAUUUUUAUAGUUGAUCUGGCGGUGGGCAGUCUGUAGUAUACGCUUUGUAUUGGCUUUGCUCAGAACCUUUUCGAUGUGCAUAGAGGUUUCGCCACCAUUUUAGAAGUUGCCAGGUGCUCAACUGUGAACUGUUCCACAAUGCUCGCCUCCUCCCAGUCGUGAUACUGCGAAUAAGCCGUCGACGAAUCCUUCGAUCAAACAACCCAAGCCCCGCUCGCCCGAGCCAUCCGCGCUCCUCCCUCCGUCUCUCUGCCGCCGGUCACUCGUGGCCCACCGCCCCAUCCGCCGGAGCCCUAUCGCACCCUCGUGACCCGCUGCCGGCGACGGUCGCCUGCCGUCGAUCUCACGAGUCACGCCCUCCAACCAGAACCCUCUCCCGGCGUCGCAGCCACGCUUCUCUCUUCGCGGCGGAGAAGAAGAACUGUCUUCUGCAGGAACAAUCUUUGCAUUUGAUAUAGUUAUCUGCUAUGGAUAAAUGGUUGGAAUUUGGAAGGAAAGCAUGGUUUAUUGUCAGGGUGCUCUCAGGAUAUGAAGAAAGAAGGAUUAGAGCCUACAGAUUACAACUCCAAAAGCGUAUUGAAAAGGCACAAGCUAGGAAGGAAGAGUUGAGAAGGAUUCCAGAACAGGCUAUUUUGUCAGAGGUUCGUCGCAUGGUUGAGCAGAUGCAAGCACUUAAUCGUCAGCUGGAAGAAACAGAAGCUGCAAUCGAAGAGUACUUCAAGCCAAUUGAUAAGAACGCAGAGAUGAUAAUGAAUAUGCAACUUGAGAAAGAAGAAAAGCAAAUGAAAGAGAUGCUGAAGGCCAUGCACGAGCAGGCUAUGCUCCAAAGAGAGAUGGCAGCAAAGAAAAUUGUCGGCAGUGCAGAUGUAAGCCAUCCCACUCAACAAAUGGCAUCCACCCCAUCAAAUCAAGAACAGGCCAAAUAAUAUUCCACUAACAUUUGACGGAUUUAAAAGUAAUUGAAUGUAUCUUUUACAUCUGACUGGGUAAUAAUAAUAUUACCGUUGUAUCAGAAAUUUUGUUCACACAUUAAAAAGUUUUAAGAUGUU